AAUAUUAAUAGCACCAUGAUUAAGCGCUGGUUCAACUUCACUUUAGUUAUUUUUAGUCGCGUUGUUUUAGUGAUAAUAAGUGCAAGUGUGUAUAAUGUGUUUGUUUGUAUCGAAGUUCUAUUAAAUAAUACGGACGUAUGGUACCCCGAAAGAAUAUUGAAAAGAAUUGAGAAAAUCCUUAAAUUUACGAACUAUGUUUCUGGUAUUGCUGUAAAAAAAAUAUCGAUACAGAAUUUCAUGAUGAAUGCGUUCAUGCAAUGGUUUCUUCGGUUUUUGGUUUCCUUAUCGGCGAUAAUAGUGUAUCCUCUAACACUAUUGAUAAAUAUAAAACGUAACAAAAAAUGCCCGCCACCGACUAAUCCUAUUCUUUUUAAAUCAGCCACUACUCUGUCUAUGAUGAUAAGAAAUAAACAGAUCACAUCAGAGGCAGUUGUAUCAGCUUAUAUAGACAGAUGUAAGGAGGUUAAUCCGUACUUAAAUGCGAUCGUAGAACCCAGAUACGAUGUAGCGUUGAAAGAAGCAAGGGCAAUAGACAAAAUGAUCAACUCCAAUGAUCGAUCCCCAGAACAACUGGCUAAGGACUUCCCGCUACUGGGCGUUCCUAUGACCGUCAAAGAGAGUAUCGCUGUUGAAGGCAUGAGCAACGACUGCGGCACAGUGUAUCCCUACCGCAAACCAGCGAACAAAGAUGCUGACAUUGUUCGCCUUGCACGAGAAGCUGGAGCCAUACCCAUCGCAGUCACCAACACACCACAGCUUUGUAUGAAUUGGGAGACUUAUAACAACGUGUCUGGUCUCACUAUGAACCCGUAUGACCAGAAACGUACUACGGGAGGAUCUUCAGGGGGAGAGUCGGCCUUGAUCGCUGCAGCAGCGUCAGUAAUAGGUGUUGGUUCAGACAUCGCAGGUUCUCUUCGAUUACCCCCUAUGUUCAAUGGAAUAUUUGGCCACAAACCAACCCCUCAUCUUUGGUCUAUUCAAGGUCACGUACCGGACUGUUUGGACCCUGCCUUUGAAGAAUACUUCGCUCUUGGCCCUAUAACACGAUAUGCCGAAGAUUUGACACUGCUACUUAAAGUUUUGAAGCAACCGGGAGCUCCUGACGUACCUUUCGAUAAACCAGUGGACAUAACUCGCCUAAAGUUUUAUUACAUGGAGGGUGAUGGAGGCCACGUUAUGAGUAAGAUAGGACCGGACGUGAGGAAAGCCAUGGAAAAAGCUAAAAACUAUAUAAAAACCACUUACAAUCAGGAUGUACAAGAGCUCAAAAUCAAGAAUCUUCAUCACAUGUGGGAGAUCAGCGUGAGAGUGUUAUUCAAAAUACGACACGUUGCUAACAUCUACACUGAUCCAAAUGAACGAGAUCAAUUGAUAUCCAUGUGGCCAGAAGUAUUAAGGAAAUUAUUCGGUUUAUCCGAUCACAGCCUAACGUGUGUUCUUUAUGGACCAGUUCAGAAAUUCUUUGACAAAUUACCUGAAAAUUAUUAUCAGAAUUUAGUGAAAACUUUUGAGCAAAUUAAACAGGAUUUCUAUGAAGUAUUAUCAGACGAUGCUGUACUAUUCUUCCCAUCAUUCCCGGGCCCAGCACACUUACACUACCGGAUAUUUUACAAAUUCCUGAACUGUGGUUACCUCACAAUGUUCAACGCUCUUGGUCUACCAUCUACGAACUGCCCACUAGGAUUGACAGAUAAUGGUCUUCCUGUUGGAAUGCAAAUAGUAGCCAAUAAAUGUAAUGACCAUCUCACGAUAGCUGUAGCCAAGGAAUUUGAGAAAGCGUUUGGUGGAUGGGUUCCUCCUAAUAAGGAUUUUUUUGACAGUGUGAAAACUGCUUAAAACACAAAAUAAUUAAGGGUAUACCAACGUUAUAAGAAGAAGAUAUGCAGCAUCACAUUAAGAGUAUUGUAGCAUUUACGCAUGCCGCCGAAAUAUAGGACAGACUACGUAGAAUGAUGAUUAGAAUGAGUGCAAUACAACGUCCUUAUUUUAUCCAAAUUACCUAUACAUAUCGAUAAGUACCUACCUACUUGUAAGAAUUCUUGUACCUAUAGUAGAAUUUAUUGUAAAUAUUUUAUAUGAAUAAAAUUAUAUUUUUAUGGAUAAGGUAGAAUAUUUAUGUGAUUUAAUAAUUGCGCUUUGUAGGUA